AUGGGCAUCGUCGGACUCCUCCCGCUACUCAAAUCAAUCCAGAGACCCACCGAGCUUAAGAAAUUUGCCGGCGAAACACUUGCUGUCGAUGCCUACGGAUGGCUUCAUCGUGGCGCCGUGUCCUGCGCUUUAGAGCUGGCACAAGGGAAGCCCACGCGCAAAUAUGUUGACUUUGCUAUGCAUCGAGUCAAGAUGGUCAAGUACUUUGGGGCAACUCCAUACAUAGUCUUUGAUGGAGAUUUCCUACCAAGCAAAGCUCUUACGGAAGCUUCCCGAGCCAAGCGCCGAGAAGAGAGCAGAAAGGCCGGCAUGGAGUUGCUCAAGGCUGGCAAGCCCGCCCAAGCCUAUCUGGAAUUUCAGAAGGCGAUAGACGUCACGCCCGAAAUGGCACGCCAUCUGAUCGAAGAGCUGAAGAAAAUCGACGUCCCUUACGUCGUGGCUCCCUACGAGGCCGACGCCCAAAUGGUGUAUCUGGAACGCAACGGCUAUGUCAGCGGCAUCAUAUCAGAGGAUUCAGAUCUUCUGGUUUUCGGAGCCAAGCGCCUCUUGACUAAACUCGAUCAGCAUGGUCAAUGCAUCGAGGUCAACAGGCGAGAAUUUUGUGCCGUUCGAGAGAUCUCACUGACAGGAUGGACUGAUGCUGAAUUCCGACAGAUGGCUAUAUUUAGUGGAUGUGACUAUCUGGAAGGUAUAAACAAGAUGGGGUUGAAGACAGCAUAUCGCAUGAUCAGGAAGCACAAGACCCCAGAGAAGGUCAUACGCCAACUGCAGUUCGAGGGCAAACACAAAAUUUCGGAGAACUAUCUGGCAGCGUUCAAGCAGGCAGAGCUUACCUUCAUGCACCAACGAGUCUUUUGCCCAGAGAAGCAGGAGCUUGUUCUGUUGACCGAGCCAACAUCGGGGCUAGAUGUGGACGAGAUGCCAUUUAUAGGCGCCAGGGUAGACCCCGAACUCGCCAGGGCUAUAGCCUGCGGCGAUGUCAACCCCAUCACAAAGGAGCGCAUCAUCCUUCCAACUCCAGUAUCCACAAAAGUGCAUUCAUUUCCGACCAAGAGAACUGCGCCGGCGCCGAGUAAACCGCUGGGCAAACCGAUUGAGGAAUUUUUCAAAGGUCACCGUCGCAUCCCAAUGGGAGAAAUGGACGCCAAUUGCUUUUCGGUUGACCCACAGCAGGUUGGAGUACUUACAGCCAAUGGACUGGCGCCUCGGGUGUUUCCACUUCCUCGACCAUAUCUCGACGAAACGAUUAACCCAGUCCACCGUCCGUACACAUCCUCAGCUGGUCCUCGUAUCAACCGUCGGCGUACGGAACCAAUCGGAAAUUUGCUCGGCUUGAGCUCUUCAGAUCAAGCGAACCGCCGGAGGACAUCGGGUCCCAUCCGCUCAUCCAAGGAUGAGAGCCGCACGGCCGGGUUCUCUACAUCCCCAAGGCCGCAAAAAAGGGCCAGACUCUGUUCCGAGCAGCACCAGUCGACGAAGGAGGACAAGGAGCUAUUCGCUGAAAAGAGCAAGUUCUUUUCUUCAACAAUUACGAAAACGCCAAAAUCAAAGCGGAGAAGCGAGGGACACAUAAUGUCGGAUGACUCUAUUGACGAUGCACUGCUCAGUCUUCCCGACUACGGUUCACUAAGCUCGGCACAUUCAACCCAACCAAGGAAAUCAAUGGAUGUGUUUAUGGACGCGCGGAGCGACGAUGUUACCAGCGAAACGCCUGAAGUUAUGCUGGCUACACCGAUGAAGGAGGACGACCGAAACAAGGACACGACUGAGAUCGAAGUGCCGGCUAGCUCUCCAAUCAGGGAAUCUAUUUCAACCGAGGCAGACGUAGACUUCGACCUCGCAGAUCAAGCUCGACAAUCUAGUGCGAAGCUUGGUGCCGCGUUGGGUCGGUUUGCCUACACACCCUCAGUGAAGAACCCUGCGAACGGCACGAAGAUGGCCUAUGGGCUACCAACACCUGACUCUAGCGGAGUGCCUGCCGCAAUUGCCCCUCGGUCAACGGCCGACAAGAAGCGCGAUACAACUGGGUCCAUGGAAACCCCACGACUGACGCCUCUGCAACGCAUCCACGCAAGCGCAAUGCAGCGACAAAGCCCUUCGGCUAGCCAGGGGAACAUUGGCGCACAGACGCAGAAGAAACGAGGCCCGAGACGUAGUCUGCCGCCCACCGCACCGGUCAACCCAUCCUUUGUGCCUCUACCCAAGGUGGACCUUGCCGAAGUGGCAGCGUUGAGCCGAGGCGGCGGGGGAAGUGAAGACCUACUUGUCCCCAAUAGCGAUGGGGAGAACGAGCCAGAAUCCCCAAAGGUGGCCACAAGCCGGACCAUGGACCUGGCUAGGUUUUUGUGCAGAUGA